AAGAAGAGAGAUUCAAGCAGUACUGUGAAGAAUUUAUUAAACAUUCACAGCGGAUAGGAGAUGGUUGGGAGUGGAGAACUAGCAAGCACUUACUCCAGUAUGAUGCUGUUGAUGUCCUGAGUGAAGAAUCUUUCUCUACCUUCUCCCAUGGCAGCUCUGGCAGCCUGGAAAUUGGGAAACAACACAAGGCACGAUAAAUUCCCAGCUACAGACAGUCAUAAGCAGUCAACAAGAGCAUCACAAGCAGAGAUAAAGAUGCCAUUAUCCCACUCAGUGCUUGUCAGGCUCCACCUUGAAUACUGUACUCAGUCUGGGUCCCUGACUUACUCACUUAGGUUAAUCCAGGAUCUUGGUGAUGGUUAUCUUAGUAAAACACACUUCCAAAUAAGAAAUAGAAGCAUCCCACCAGAUCUCAAGGAGAAAUGCAGUGCUAACAUUGAACAAGCAUUAUUUACACAUGCUGAAGAGUCCUUGGAUGAUUCUCAAGUAGCUGGAGUUUGUGCAACAGAAGAAGUGGUUCGCUAUGAAUAUCAUGUCUUGUACUCCAGCAGCUACCAAGUACCUGUGCUCUAUUUUAGGGCAUGCUUUUUAGACGGAAGACCUUUAACUCUGGGUGAAAUAUGGAGAAGUGUUCAUGCAUGUUACCAGGAUCGUCUGCAGGAGGGGCCCUGGGACACUAUUACACAGCAGGAGCACCCCUUACUUGGGCAGCCAUUCUUUGUUCUACACCCUUGCCGGACUAAUGAGUUCAUCUCUUCCAUACUGAUCAGUUCACGGACAUACAACAGACACACAAAUUACAUUAUAUUGUGGCUCAGUACUGUAGGCCCAGUUGUGGGUCUAAACCUGCCCCUGAGUUAUGCAGCACUAGCACCUGAGCAGAAUACAAAUGCUGAUUCGGUUGAAAGACCUCUGAGCUGAUGACAAAUGGUGGUUAGCUAUAGCAAAGCUACUGCAGACUGUCCUAGGGCUGAAAUCAAACAAAGGAGUCCUUCCUGAAUGGUAAGCAGUGCAGAGUGGACGGAUGACUGUCAUGGCUCUUUUUUUCUGAUGAGAACUUGCCUGGUUACAGUGGAAGACCUAAAAGCUGCUUGCAGUUGUGACAACUUUCAAUCGCCAACAAGACCUGAACCCCUUGCAAUUGCUUUGACCUCUUGCAAUCAUUUUAUUAUCAUUAAUGAAGACAUUUCAUUAUCUCCUUCCUCUGUUUUUCUGUGGUUAUGGCCUUGGUAAGACUGCACACAAACGUGCAAGCAAGCAAGAGCUGAAAUGCUGAGUUUGGAUCUACUAAAUUUACCUGCUAAAAAUCACAUCUCUAGAAAAUCUGCACCAUCUGUGAGGAUAUGUACAGUAAAAUACUUUAAGGAUGUGGUUUAUGAUUUUGGUGGUCCAUGUAUGGACUGAGUCUGCUUCACCUAGGGACCACCUUCUCCACCACAACAUGAUGCAUGGGUCACUGUCAUGUUCCACACUACACACAGAGUAUCCUAAUCCCAGGACUGAAUAAUAGUUUUGUUUUGCUUUGUUGUUUUUUUUUUUUUGUUAGCAUAUUUUUUGUGUAUUUUGUGUACAUCGUGCUUCAGGGAACAAACAGCAUCAGGAUUGUAGACAAACAGAGUACAUACAGUCUACAUCUGAUUAAACAGGUACAGUUCUAGAGUUCAAGGUGGCUGAUACUGUUGCAUGAGAACAUCUUGACUUUUCCAUGCUUCACUGCCUCCAAAGGAAGCUUGCCAUGCUCUGUGGGAGUUGCUGUUGUAGUUAAUUAGUAUUUCUCAUUGUAUUGGUAGUUGUUCACAGGUUUAGUCCCUGUCGUGCAGUCUUUAUGCAACCCUCCCCUGACAGCUGUUUACUUUUUGGGUAAGUAGGAAUUGUAUGGUAGUGCAAUCAGUGAAAAAAAAAGAUUAGAAGUAACUUCCACACAAGUCCUCUUGGAUUCUUUCCCAAUCCCAUUUUAUUUGUAGUAUAAAACAGGCCACAAGUCCUGAGCAGUGGAGAUGGAAUUACACAUUUUACUUUGUGUGUUCAGCAAUAUAUCACUUGCAUACAGAGUUCAACUGUGACAGAGCCACAUCAGAGCUGGAAAUGUGAAAGUCAUUGGGUUUUGAAUUCUGGGUUUUCAUAUAUUUUGAUUGGAUGCAUAUUUUAAACUUACGUCAUAUGUUAUUGGUGGAUUGAAAUACAGUGCAGUCCUUAAAAUUCCA